UUCAGCCCUCCAAACUCCAUUGCUACUCAUCUUGUUGCACCUUCUCAACUGGGUCUCUGUUCUUCCUUUUUGCAUCCAUCAGGGACCCUCAUGACAGUCCCUUUUGUCAAAUCAAACCUCUCUUUAUCUCUGAUUAAAGUGAAUAGACAUUGAUUUUCUUCAAUUUUUUUAUGGAAUUGUUGCUCUGUUUCUGUUCAACAUCUUUCCCCUUUCUUAAACUUCCUCAUAUUCCUUCCUCUCCCUCUCAACAUUCAUGAAAUUCACCUUCCCAAACCCAAACAGAUUUAGAACUUAAAACAAUAUUAGAAUCUUGACCGCAUGCCCCACGAUUUUCGAGCAAAAUGAUGAGGGCCCUAGCUUCUUUUCAGAAUAUUAUACUACCAGAGUCGAAGAAUAGAUUGCGCCUCUGUACUUUCUUCGUUGCCGUUAUCCUUGGUGCAGGAGUCUAUUUCAUUGCAAGUGAAUUCAUUACAAAGGAAAUCUUUAGAUGGGAGGUAUUUUAUUCCGCUCGAAAUGUAAUAUCCAGCAGGUGCAAGAAUCAAUGCAGGCCGCCCGGGAGUGAGUUUUUGCCGGAAGGAAUCGUUAGUAAAACAUCUAACUUUGAAUUUCAGCCUCUAUGGGGGUCGACUUUAAACAAUAAAACGCCGAAGGUUUCGAAGAACUUGUUAUCUAUGGCUGUUGGAAUCAAUCAAAGACACAUAGUGUCAAAGAUUGUUGAAAAGUUCCCUCGAGAUGAUUUUGAUGUGCUGCUUUUUCAUUAUGAUGGUGUUGUGGAUGAAUGGAAGGAUUUUUCAUGGAGUUCUCGUGCAGUACACGUCUCGUCUCUGAAUCAAACUAAAUGGUGGUUUGCAAAGCGAUUCUUGCAUCCAGAUAUAGUUGCGGAGUAUAAUUACAUAUUUCUUUGGGACGAGGACCUCGGUGUUGAAAAUUUUGACCCAAAACGAUACAUAUCAAUCCUUAAGGAGGAGGGGCUUGAGAUAUCACAACCAGCUCUUGAUCCGGUUAAGUCCAAGGUGCACCAGGCUCUUACUGCACGUAAAACUGGCUCGAAAGUUCACAGGUUUUACAACUCCAAAGGCUCUGCACGGUGUGAUGCUAAUAGCACGGGUCCUCCAUGCACGGGAUGGGUAGAAAUGAUGGCUCCUGUGUUCUCAAGAGCAGCAUGGAGAUGCACGUGGUAUAUGAUUCAGAAUGAUUUGAUCCAUGCAUGGGGCUUGGACAGACAACUUGGCUAUUGUGCACAAGGUGACAGAACACAGAAAGUCGGUGUCGUCGAUGCCGAAUACAUAGUUCAUUUAGGUCUGCCUACGCUCGGUGCUUCCAAUGGCAAUGUGCUGAAUGCCGAUGCUCCAGCUCGUUCGCAGAAAAAAGAAUUGUCAAACUUCAACGAAUUGGAACACAAAGUUGAUAAUAGAGUUAAAGUGAGGAUUCAAUCUUCGUUAGAAAUGCAGAUUUUUAAAGAACGAUGGACGAACGCUGCAAAGGAGGAUAGAUGUUGGAUUGACCCGUAUCGAUAAUUACCGACGUUCACGAAUGCGAUUACAAUUGUUUUAUAUUCAUUUUUAUGAAAUAAAACUGGGAAGUGAAGGUGUUUUAGUCUUCAUUAACAGAGCGCAGCUUACUGUAAAAAGUUCAUGUCCAUAUGUCUUACAAAGUUUGGUAAAAA